UCAUAUAAGCUAUUUGCAGCAGGGAGGUGACCAGCAGAAGCGGCGGCAGCAGCUCAGUAGAGAAUAGCUCCUCUAUGAACGCCCUUCUGACUGACUUGCCUGUGAAUCACAUUUUCCACCUACAACACUGUUACUUCAGACUGGGCCCCUCCGAAGGAACACAUGCAACAAAACUUUUCUUCCUCACACUUGGCUUCACUGAAACGAGUCGAUAUGAGAGCCACGAACACCCGGGAAGAUCAACGCAGUCGACUAAUCGGGAGCUUUUGUCUGAUCCUGAGCACUUUUCACUGAAGGUUUUUGUUGUUUUGAUGGGGGAUCAUGACCGCAUAUCGGAAUAAUGGCCUAUUCAAUCCUCUGUCACUUUUUAUCAAUCAACCCCGAUGGAGCCGUUCACCAGUGUCUCAGCUCUGAUCUGCAGUAGUUAUUGAUAUAUCGGUAUUGAUCAGUGGGGAGUGAGCAUUGAUCAGCUCUGACAUGGAUCUUCAGGUGAUUGUCUGGCUCUUCUACUGCUUUCUGCUGCCCUCCACGCUCUUAACAGCUUGUCUGUUUCGCUACAACAUCCUGUCACUGGUUUAUUUCCUCUACCUGCUGCUGCUGCCAUGUUUCCUGUGUCCAAACAAACACACAAUCAGAGGACACACAGGUCGCUUUAUCAGAGCCGUUUUCUGCACCAGUCUUCUAUUUCUACUGGCUCACAUCUGCUUCCAGGCAGUACUAUAUACGUAUCCUCCUCUUGACUCCGCCAUCGGUGGUAACUGUUCACAAUGGGACACCAUAACCAGACAUAUAGGAAUAUCCAGGCUUCCCUUGGAUGAUCCUUGGAGUGUCUUACGCCUCCUGUGUCCUGACCUGGGUGUGUGUACAGUUGCCUUGAUAACAGUCAUCCUCUGCAGCAGAUUGGUCAGGAACAGAGAAAUGGUGGCUGCUGCCAAUAUUACAUCGUUAGAAGAUGAUCCAUCAGAUAAAACCACAGAUGAGGAUGAUGAUGAUGAUGAUGAUGAUGAGGAGAGGAGGAGGAGGAGGCAUCAGGAGAUGAAGAUGAAGAUGACAGGUCAUUACCUGGUGACCCUGAUGAGGAGGUUUCCACAGCAACCAAAGCCAAGCAGUUGGCUGAGCAUCUGAAGGCAAGCUCGGAAAGUUCUGCGGGACCUGGGAAGAGUUUUAGCCAUCAGCCUGCUGGCUUUGGCUGGCAUCACACUGCCCUCAGCCUUCUCAGCUAUCUACUUCCUGCUUUUUAUUGGUGUGUGCACUUGGUGGGCGUACCACCUUCCCAUCAGUCACCUGGGCUUCAAUGCGCUGUGUGUGAUGGUGGGCUUCUUCACUGCUGGUCACAUGGUUUGUCUGUAUUUGUACCAGAGUCUGCUUGCCCAGGCCCUGUUCCCCCCACACAGUCUGUGGGCCAGACUUUUUGGACUGAAGGACAUCAUCAUACCAGGAAAUUGCUCCUCACCCUAUGACCUAAAUCUCAAUGACAGUCACGAUUGGCCAAUUUAUGUCAACCCAGGAAUACUGUUCCUCCUCUAUAUAACCAUAGCAACGGUUCUCAAGACAGGAUGUCAUGGAACUCCUAACCAGCAGGUUGAGGAGGAAAAGCAGCAAGAGAAAAGGGAGGAGUUAGAGGAGGAGAUGGUGGAGUUAAGAUCAUGGAAUCAACAGAAAGAUAACUGUGAAGAUGACACACAGCUCAUGCUCCUGUCAGUUGGAACAGGAAGCAGCAGAGGAGGAACUGUGGCUGAAGAGAGUCAGCCAGACCUGGGUGUUAGUGGUGUGGCCAGUGGCCAACAGAGUGAAAGUCCGUUUUAUCUGCUGGGAAAGGUGGUCAUGCAGCAGAGCUAUGUCUGUGCACUCAUAGCCAUGAUGGUUUGGAGCAUCACAUACCACAGCUGGCUGACCUUUGUGUUGCUGCUGUGGGCCUGUCUCAUCUGGAUCCUGCGUGCCAGACGGCAUGCAGCUACACUGUGCUCUCCAUUCAUCCUGCUCUAUGGCCUGGCUUUGUGCUGUCUGCAGUAUGUCUGGGCCAUGGAUCUUCAGCCUGAGCUACCCACCACUGUGGGAACCAUGAGCCUCAGACAACUGGGACUGGACAGGGCCAAGUACCCCUGUUUAAGACUUGGAGCUUUGCUUCUGUUCACUUUAACUUUCUGGCUGUUGGUACGUCAGUCAGUGAAGGAAAACUUCAGCAGGCAGAGGAAAAUGGCCACACCACUACAGGAAGUCACUACAGGAGCAGAGGGGGCCAGUAAUGAUUCAGUGCUGAAGGUUUUAGGAGGCAUGGUGAUGAGCUGUUAUGCCAAAUACUGGAUCUAUGUGUGUGGAGGGAUGUUCAUCAUGGUCUCCUUUGCUGGAAAACUUGUUGGAUACAAGAUCAUCUACAUGUUGCUGUUCCUGUUGUGCCUCUGUCUCUAUCAGGUGUACUAUUCUCUGUGGAGGCGUCUGUUGAAGCUUUUCUGGUGGCUUGUUGUGGCCUACACCAUGCUGGUGCUGAUCUCCAUCUACACUUACCAGUUUGAAGACUUCCCUCGAUACUGGCGGAACUUCACUGGUUUCACAGAAGAACAGCUGGCAGCCAUUGGUUUGGAGACGUUUGCUCUGUCCGAACUCUUCACCAGUAUUCUGAUCCCUGGCUUCUUCCUGCUGGCUUGUAUUCUGCAGCUACACUACUUCCACAAACCCUUCAUGAGAAUCACUAACCUGGAACAUGUUACCCCUAUAAACAAGAAGAAGAACAGUGAGAGAACUGAGCAGACUGGCUCUGAUAAUGUGGAAGUGAACUCUGAAGAAGAAGACCUGGUGACUAACAUGGAUGAGGAAUCUGAAGAUGAAGUGGAGUUGAUGCCCAGUAAGUGGGGUCUGGUGAUGGACAGACUCCUGGUUCUGUCAAGAAGAUUCUCUGACAUUCUCACCAAAGUUCAAGUGUUUCUCUGGAGGCUUCUGGAGAUCCACAUCCUCAAGAUGGUGGCUUUCUUCUCUGUGUGGGUUGCACUUGAAGAGCCAUCUGUGAUGAACCUGGUCCUGGUGGUGUUGUGGUCUCUGGCAAUGCCCUAUGGUCGUUUUAGGCCCAUGGCUUCAUGUCUGUCUACAGUCUGGGUGUGUGUCAUCAUCAUGUGUAAGAUGCUGUACCAGCUCAGUGUUGUCAACCCUAUUGAGUACUCCAGUAACUGUAGCCAGCCUUUAACAAAUCAAACCAACCUGUUGCCAAAGGAGAUUAUUAACUCCUCGCUCUAUAAGGAGCCAGUGGAUCCAGCCAACUGGUUUGGCAUCAGGAAAGAUGCUACUGUAUUGGGAUACAGCAAGAACCAUUUGGUAGUACUGAUGUUGCUGGUGUUUGAGGCGACAGUGUACCGUCACCAGGCUCACCACUACCGUCAGCUCCAACGAUCUCCCCCCACCAUCCCGGCUCUGUUCCCUGCCGCCACCAGGGACACUCUAAACAAGGGCCUUAUACCCUGCAUCAAAUACCUGCUCAACUACACCUUCUACAAGUUUGGAUUAGAGAUUUGUUUUCUGAUGACGGUGAAUGUUAUUGGCCAGCGGAUGAACUUCCUGGUGAUAAUCCAUGGCUGCUGGUUGGUAGCCAUCUUGGUUAGGCGGCGGCGGGCAGCUAUCGUCAAGAUCUGGCCCAAAUAUUGUCUCUUUUUGUCCAUCUUCAUGAUCUACCAGUACCUGCUGUGUGUGGGCAUACCACCUGCUCUCUGCAUAGACUACCCAUGGCGGUGGAACACUCAAGUUCUCAUGAACUCAGCUCUCAUUAAAUGGAUCUAUCUGCCUGACUUCUACACUGUGCCCAACUCCAAAAACCUCAUAGCGGACUUUGUGCUUCUGAUGUGUGCAUCCCAGCAGUGGAAGGUGUUUGAGUGUGAGCACACAGAGGAAUGGAUGGUUCUGGCAGGAGAGAACACAGAUGACCCUGAUCCAAUGGAGGGUCGACUGUUUAACCCUGCACCCAACUUCAUUAACUGCAGGAGUUACCUGGACAUGGCUAAAGUUUUGGUGUUCCGUUACCUCUUCUGGUUUGUGCUGUCAGUGGUCUUUGUCACUGGGGCCACCAGGAUCUCUGUGUUUGGACUGGGCUACCUGCUCGCCUGCUUCUUUUUUCUGCUGUUUGGAACCCAGCUAUUGGUCAAACCGUCCAGGACUCGCCUUGCUCUGUGGGACUGUCUCAUCAUCUAUAAUGUGACAGUCAUUGUAUCUAAAAAUGUGUUAUCAAUCCUGGCGUGUGUGUUUGUAUUUGAGAUGCAGAGGAGCUUCUGUUGGGUGAUUCAACUCUUCAGCCUGGUUUGCACAGUCAAAGGAUAUUAUGACCCGAAUGAAGUGAGUGACAAGACCUGCAGCCUCCCAGUGGAGGAGGCCGGGAUCAUCUGGGACAGUAUCUGUUUUCUCUGCCUGUUGAUGCAGAGGAGAGUUUUCCUCAGUUUCUACUUCCUGCAUGUGACAGCAGAGCUGCAGGCUUCUGCCAAGCAGGCAUCGAGGGGGUUUGAGCUCUUUAAAGCCAGUAUCGUGAAGAACAUUAAGUUCCACCAACAAGCUGAGAAGAAGUCUCUGUCACAGCUCAAGAGAUCGAUGCAGAGAAUUCGCUCCAAGCAGCAGAAGUGCAGAGAUGGACACAAAACAAGUGAAGAAUCCAACGCGAGUCAGACCGCUGAGUCCCAGAAAGACAUGAAAAAGUCCAGGAAGAAAAAGUGGCACCGGCCAUGGUUAAACCAUGCUACAGUGCUCCACUCCGGAGAGUACUACCUGUUUGAGUCAGACAGUGAGGAUGAAGAGGAGCUGCAGUCUGAAGAACAGAGGCCUCAGAAACAGACUGCCUGUCAGUUGGCGUACCAAGCAUGGGUAACCAGUGUGAAAACAGCUCUUAGAGAACGUCAGAGACGCCAGCGACAGUUGAGGAGGAUUGAGAGAAAAGAGAAGGAGAAAGAAGGAAAAGUGGAUUCACAACAGGAGGCUUUCUCCGUGAUUGGUUGUAGGGAAAAUGAGGUGUUCGAGGACCCUGUCGUUCAGGAGGAAAAGGAAGAGGAGGAACAAGAGUCUGGUCAUGGUGAGACGGUUCAGAGGAUCUUGGAUAUCUUGCGCUUCUUAUGGGCCAUAAUUUUGGCCAUCGUGGAUGGACUGACUCAGUGGCUCAACCUGCUGACUAAACAGUACAGAGAGACCUCUACUGUUCUGUGCAAUGAGCGCACUUCAUCAUACACAAGAUACAGCAGGGUCUUCACUAUAAAACGUUCAUCAUGGAGACAUGCUUUUUGUCCCCAAAAGGAGGUCCCCACAGUGUGCAUCAUACAACAGCAGACUCCACAGAUGACCAGCUAUCUCAGGGUAGUGAGAGUCCCACACUGGAGACCUGUUUUGGAUGAGACUGAUGCAGAAAACUCCACCAGAUACAGCUGCAUGGAGGUGGAUAGCAGGGGUGUGACAGGCAGGUGUACCCCCAGGCCGAGGCUCAACAGCACAGAGAAUUUCUUGAGUCCUGAACCCCCAUCCAGCAGCAUGGAGGUGGUUCCAGAGCCAUCCAAACAACAACACAGACACUCCAGAACAGCCAGUGAGCUGCUGGGAGACAGGCAGUUCUUCAUCGAGGAGCUGGAACAGUGCAGAGAGUUCUAUAAUAACCAGAACCGUCUGCUGAAGCUGCUGUUUGCCAUGUACAACCUGCUGGCAGCAAACUCAGAGCUAGUCUGCUAUUUCAUCAUUGUGUUAAACAAUGUGGUCAGUGCUUCUGUGAUAUCACUGGUCCUGCCCAUACUGGUGUUUCUAUGGGCUAUGUUGGCUGUUCCAAGACCAACCAAGAAGUUUUGGAUGACUGCUAUAGUCUACACAGAGGUGAUGGUGGUGGUGAAAUACCUUUUCCAGUUUGGAUUCUUUCCCUGGAACAGCGUUUAUGAGAUGACACUAAACGAAGACAAGCCUUUCUUCCCACCUCGGAUCCUGGGCCUGGAGAAGACUGACAACUACAUCAAAUAUGACCUUCUCCAGCUGCUGGCCUUGUUCUUCCACAGAUCCCUGCUCAUGCGUUAUGGUCUGUGGGAUCACGAGGGCCCCUUGGAGGAGCAGAGCCCCUCACCAGAAAGUUGUGAGGAUAAAGGAAAAACUAGAGAAGGAGGUGAAGAUGGAAGGAGGCAGGAGGCAGGAGGAGAAGAGGAAAAGGAGGGCAGAGUCUGUUCAACAUCCACCCUGGACAACCUGGAUAUGACUGAGCUGGACCAACUUCAACUUGAAAAGGAUGAUGUGGACUAUGUUGAACGGAGUGCCAGCUCUGCUGCAGCUGUCCCACAACCCACUGCAGCUGAACCAGAACGCCCUGAGCCAUUAGAUGGACAGGACACACUGAAUCCUCCCAGCUGGCCGAGGGAAGAUAAGAUGGAUGGAGACAAUGAUGAUGUCCCAAAGAAAAGCAGCAGUAUCCGCUUCCGCAAGAAACCUAAACAACCCAAACAACAGCACAGCAAAGCUCUAUCUGCUCCAGCGGAGCCCACAGCUGAGACUACAGAUCCCAGUAAAGAACCUGUAAAGAAGAAGCAGAGAGGCAGGAAGAGAGAGGCAGCCAGUAAGAGACUGCUGGCUGUGGGACACAAGAUAAAACAUAUUUUCAUCUCUGUUAUUCAGAGUGUUUACAGGCCAGCUCAGGGUUUCUUCAGUGAUAUUCUCCACGCUGAGUAUCGAGCUGCCACUGAUGUCUAUGCACUCAUGUUCCUGACUGAUGUCAUCGACUUCAUCAUCGUUGUCUUUGGCUUUUGGGCUUUUGGGAAACACAGUGCAGCAGCUGAUAUAGCCUCCAGCCUGUCAGAGGACCAGGUUCCUGAGGCCUUCCUGGUGAUGCUGCUCAUCCAGUUCAGCACCAUGAUCAUUGACAGAGCCUUGUACCUGCGCAAGGCUGUCUUGGGAAAACUCAUUUUCCAGGUGAUCCUUGUGUUUGGGAUCCACCUGUGGAUGUUCUUCAUCCUGCCUGCUGUCACUGAAAGGAAGUUCAAUCAGAACUUUGUGGCCCAGCUCUGGUACUUUGUCAAGUGUAUUUACUUCGGUCUGUCAGCCUAUCAGAUCCGCUGUGGUUAUCCCACUCGUAUCCUCGGCAACUUCCUCACCAAGAAAUACAACCACCUCAACCUGUUUCUCUUCCAAGGGUUUCGUCUGGUGCCGUUCCUGGUGGAGCUGCGAGCAGUGAUGGACUGGGUCUGGACUGACACCACUCUGUCUCUGUCGAACUGGAUGUGUGUGGAGGACAUUUAUGCCAACAUCUUCAUCAUUAAAUGCAGCCGUGAGACAGAGAAGAAAUACCCACAGCCUAAGGGGCAGAAGAAGAAAAAGAUAGUGAAAUAUGGCAUGGGUGGACUCAUCAUCUUCUUCUUGAUCUGCAUCAUCUGGUUUCCACUGCUCUUCAUUUCACUGGUCAGAUCAGUAGUGGGUGUGGUCAACCACCCUAUUGAUGUCACAGUGACUGUCAAGCUGGGAGGAUAUGAGCCCUUGUUCACCAUGAGUGUGCAGCAGCAGUCCAUCCAGCCCUUCACAGAGGAUGAAUAUGAACAACUCACCAAAAAGUUUGGAGACAAACCAGUAGCCAUGCAGUUCAUCACUCUCUACAGUUAUGAGGACAUUGUGACGGCCAUGAUUGAAGGUAGUUCAGGAUCAGUAUGGAGGAUCAGCCCCCCCAGCAGACAGGAGGUCAUUAAAGAGCUACUUGGAAGUCCUGUUGACCUAACACUACGCCUGGCCUGGACUUUCCAGAGGGACCUGGGUAAAGGAGGGACAGUAGAACACACCUUUGACAAACACUCUAUAGACCUGGAGCCUGGGAACCCAGUCAGAGCAGAUCUGGCCUCACUACUGGUUGGCAAUCGCACUGAACCUGUGCAUGUUCCUAAUAUGUUCCCUAACUACAUCCGUGCCCCCAAUGGAGCUGAGGCCAAACCAGUCAAUCAACUAUAUGAAGGUAAUGAAAAUGGUUACCUGAACAUAACCCUGUCCCUGAUGAGUGACCGGUCACUGAAUGACAGUAGAAACCAGGAGUGGUGGGACAUUGCUAUCGCAGGCUGUAAACCCUCCUCAUGUGGCGUUCUACCCAUGGUUAUAUUCAAUGACAAAGUCAGUCCACCCAGCCUGGGCUUCCUGGCUGGAUAUGGGAUCAUGGGUCUGUAUGUGUCUGUGGUCUUAGUCAUUGGGAAGUUUGUGCGUGGCUUCUUCAGUGAGAUCUCCCACUCCAUCAUGUUUGAGGAGCUGCCCUGUGUGGACCGCAUCCUGAAGCUCUGCACAGACAUCUUCCUGGUGCGUGAGACAGGAGAGCUGGAGCUGGAGGAGGAACUUUACUCCAAACUGAUCUUCCUCUAUCGAUCUCCAGAGACCAUGAUCAAAUGGACCAGGGACAUCCACAGCCGAGACCAAGACAGAUACUGACUGACUGACUGACUGACUCAUUAUGUUUGGCUGUAAUAGAAUACAGUGAUAUCUGAAGCACACUGAAAAGCCCUGGGGACAGCACGUGGGAGGCUUCUUGAGAACACUCCUUAGCAGUGGACACUGAAUUACAGCCAAGGAGACACAUGAAAGGAGAUGUACACCAAAUACAUAUACUGGAUGAAACAACUCCCAUUGCUGGACACCUGUUGCUGUUGCUUCUUCACAACUGCCUGAGCACUUUCAUCCCACCGCCUUACACUACAGACUAUUGAGAGUGGAACUGCAGUCCCACUCUGGGUGUGGUUGUCAGCAGCUGGAUGUCUACAGGAUUGAAUAUAACAUCCAUAGAAGGCAAAAUCAGUGGUCAGACUGAGUUGUGUUUGUUAGUGGUCAGAGGUUAAAGGUCAAAUACAAAAGCUAUUUAAUUCCUGACCUCUGUGCAUUUGAGGUACUCAGGUGGAGUGACUAUGUGGCUGAAACCUGAAACUAUUUGUGGGUUGAACCAGCUGCAGUUACUGCAUUAGUAUUCUGAUUGAUUUGAAAUCAUGCCAUGCUGUCAAUCAAACUUAGAAAUGUUUUUUAAAUAAUUCUUUCUUGUGAGAGCAGACAAGCAGCAGCCAAAGGGCCAUUUUACCAAGUCAGAUGUUGCCAUGUUUUGAGUUUAUUCCAGGCCACAGCAUGCCCCAAGUUUUGGGGCAGUAAAUUAGACCAGCUGAUGAGAGAGCUGUGGAUCAGGCCUCUGGAAAACAAGUUUGCUUUUAAACACUUAAAAUACCAAAAAAAAAAAAAAAAAAAAAAAAAAAACAGCUAAAACAUAAAUGUAGAAGUGCACACAGUGCACACACACAUGCACAAACACACAUACAUCUCAGUAAAACAACUGUAAAUGCUAUGUGCUUGGUACAUUGAGUUACUGGUUUCCCUUCUGAUUAUAGAUCAUGACACCCUCAGACAAGUGUUUGAUUUGAAUGUGUCCAGGUAAAAAGUAGUGAAGGAAAAUUAGAAUGCCAUGUUUAACCAUAAAACAUUUUGGGUUAAAUUGCUGCUUCUUUGUUAGUGCAGUGAGUGUGCAACCUUUACCAUUAAAACAGUUCCCUACAUGGAAAAUCCUGGUCAUAAACCACUCAACUAAUACACUGGUUACAAAGUGAAUAUUGAUUGAAUAGUUAAAGAGAUGACGGCCCCUGGAAUGAUGGGCAGGACUCAUCACUCUUAACUGAUUUUGCUCAGGCUGUCCCAUGAGCCCCUGUCCUGACUGAAUUAUUUUUUUUCUUUCAUUUUCCUGAUAGAUCCCCUUAGUAGGAGUACAUUUGAAGAAAAUGUCUAAUGUUUGACUAACUUAUUGGCUGUGAUGCUGGUGUAACAAAUAUUUGUCCAUGUUAAUGUGUCUCGACAUGUUUCGACAUGCUGUACAUGUAGAAUCUGACAAAGAACAACCAUGCCUGUGAGGUAUGAAGUCGAAUCAUGUGAAAUGAAUCUCACUAGGGUUGGCUUAAAGUUUGAAGAACCCUCUGUGCCAUUACACACUAGUAAUAGAGUUGUUGAUACACUAUGCAAUAGAAAUAGUAGUGACAGCAGCUCAGCUGUGACACAGACAGACCAAGAUCUUUCCACACCAGCAGUCACUUUACCUGGUUGGUUGUUACCAGACAUUCAUUUUCUGUCUCUUGGUUUGUGGUCAUUUGUGUAACUGCAAAUAAGUUUGGGAAUAUGAACCACUAAGACACAAUAUUAAAUGAUCGUGACCUUAAAGCUGGUCCUGUAUGAUUUACAUGUGUCAAAAUUUACAAGGUGCAUAUUCCUAAAUAAACAGCAUUUUCAGAUUACACAAUAAACAGGUUUUCAAUAGGGGCCCACAGGUCAUCUGUGUCCUUGGGCCCCCUACCAGGUUACCAGCCACUGCUCUCAGCAGUAUGUUCCUCACUAAACAUUACACCAGCACAGUUGAUCUCACACUACCACAUCACAAACUUUUUAUGAUUGUUUGUUGCUGCGAAAUGGAAUAGAAAUAUACAUGGUGUAAACACAAAACUUAUAAGUUAAAAAGCAUCUGCCACUAUUGGUUUCAUUUUCUGCCUGAAAGUACAGACACUAUUCUUGUUCACCUACACUCCAUUCAAAGGAGAGGAGAUACAGUUAAACCUACCAUGGUGCUGUGUUCAUAAUUACCUAUAUAUUUAACUAGCUGUUCAUCUUUGUCUUCAGUGAGAAGGGGAAUGCAUGUGAAUGUUUCUCAUUUUAAAGACAUUUCUGUGCAUUAAUGAGUUUCUGAACACCCAAGUACUUAUUGCAUUUUUCACUGAUUAAGUAUUGGCCUCCAAGUGUAAGAUAGAUUAUGCUGGUAGUCUAAACAGAAAUAUUCAAAAAUCCUCUAAACUCUGAGAUGUUUGUUGCUGUAGCUUGUCAGAGAUAAUGCAUCAGAAGGGAAAAAUCAUACUAAGAUAUCUAAAAUAUAAGUGGUUGAUGACUGUGAAAAGAUCCACUGUGACAGUUUUCCCAGGUCACAAAGCUGUUGAGGAACUGGAGCUAAUAAAACACAUCUGUCUGGUGUAA